GGAGGCUGCAGAGCCGACAGGCUGGAAAACCAUCAAUCUGAACGAUCGGUCCUGAUCAGAACCAGAACCAGAACCAAUAGAGAGAAAAUCAAGCUCUUAAAUGUCAAGAUUUUUCAGAAGCAGUUUGUUAGAAAAUGCAGCAAAGUCAUUUCUACAUUUAAUUAAAAUAUUGUAGAGUUAAAAGUCUGUGUGACAGAUGAACCUCGACCCAAACUGAGGAACGAGGAAACAUUCCUGCAGUGAAGAACGAGGGAACAUUCCUGCAGUGAGGAACGAGGGAACAUUCAUGCAGUGAAGAACGAGGAAACAUUCCUGCAGUGAAGAACGAGGAAACAUUCCUGCAGUGAAGAACGAAGGAACAUUCCUGCAGUGAAGAACGAGGGAACAUUCCUGCAGUGAAGAACGAGGGAACAUUCCUGCAGUGAAGAACGAGGGAACAUUCCUGCAGUGAAGAAAGAGGAAACAUUCCUGCAGUGAAGAACGAGGAAACAUUCCUGCAGUGAAGAACGAAGGAACAUUCCUGCAGUGAAGAACGAGGAAACAUUCCUGCAGUGAGGAACGAGGGAACAUUCCUGCAGUGAGGAACGAGGGAACAUUCCUGCAGUGAAGAACGAGGGAACAUUCCUGCAGUGAGGAACGAGGGAACAUUCAUGCAGUGAAGAACGAGGAAACAUUCCUGCAGUGAGGAACGAGGGAACAUUCAUGCAGUGAAGAACGAGGAAACAUUCCUGCAGUGAAGAACGAGGGAGCAUUCCUGCAGUGAAGAACGAGGAAACAUUCCUGCAGUGAGGAACGAGGGAGCAUUCCUGCAGUGAAGAACGAGGAAACAUUCCUGCAGUGAAGAACGAGGGAGCAUUCCUGCAGUGAAGAACGAGGAAACAUUCCUGCAGUGAAGAACGAGGGAACAUUCAUGCAGUGAAGAACGAGGAAACAUUCCUGCAGUGAAGAACGAGGGAACAUUCAUGCAGUGAAGAACGAGGAAACAUUCCUGCAGUGAAGAACAAGGGAACAUUCAUGCAGUGAAGAACGAGGAAACAUUCCUGCAGUGAAGAACAAGGGAACAUUCCUGCAGUGAAGAACGAGGGAACAUUCAUGCAGUGAAGAACGAGGGAACAUUCCUGCAGUGAAGAACGAGGGAACAUUCCUGCAGUGAAGAACGAGGGAACAUUCCUGCAGUGAAGAACGAGGGAACAUUCAUGCAGUGAAGAACGAGGAAACAUUCCUGCAGUGAAGAACGAGGGAACAUUCAUGCAGUGAAGAACGAGGAAACAUUCCUGCAGUGAAGAACAAGGGAACAUUCAUGCAGUGAAGAACGAGGAAACAUUCCUGCAGUGAAGAACAAGGGAACAUUCCUGCAGUGAAGAACGAGGGAACAUUCAUGCAGUGAAGAACGAGGGAACAUUCCUGCAGUGAAGAACGAGGGAACAUUCCUGCAGUGAAGAACGAGGAAACAUUCCUGCAGUGAAGAACGAGGGAACAUUCCUGCAGUGAAGAACGAGGAAACAUUCCUGCAGUGAAGAACGAGGGAACAUUCCUGCACAACAGAAACAGAAACUCAGAAACAUCUUCCAGUAAACGGCAAGUUAAAACCUGUUUGGAACUCAGCAGGUUUUUAACUUUUUGUUGGAAACGUUUGAAACAAACCAGCUAUAAAACUUAAAGCCUCCAGGCUAAAAGAGGCCAAAGCUUAAAAAACUUUCUGUUCAGGAAUGAAGGAGGGAGGAUCAGCUGAUCACACCUGUGCUUUGAGAGGGGGCGGAGCCUCAGGUGGGUCGGGUUCAAGUUCUGGAGAAUCAGGUCUGGUUCUCCAGUCGCUCCGACUCGGUUUGUGUGAACAGAAGGAGAAGCAAAGAUCUGAUCAGGUGAUUUACACUCAGAGGUUCUGGUUGGGUUCUGACACUGGUAAACGGACCUGGUGGAGCUCAGAGACAGAAAUGAAUGAACUCCAACAAAACUAUGAGGAAACUGAAGCUCCACGCCUUUCCUCAGAACUGAUCUGGAUCAGAACCGGUUCAGCAGCAUCUGGAUCAGCCAAUCAGCAGUGGAGUUUCCUCCUGUGUGUCUCUGCUGGUUCCAGUAGAAACGCUGAUCUGGUGUCAGAGGUGAUCCGCUGCUGGGAUCUGAUGGAAGCCUCUCUGUGGUUCUGAGAGGAAGAUGAUGAUGAUGAUGAUGAUGAUCCUCCUGCUCGUUUCCCAGCAUGCUCUGGGUGGAGUGGUGGAGGUUAAUGAGGGGGCGGAGUCUGUCCUGCUGCCCUGCGUUUACUCUGAUAAACUACCUGAUGAUCCGUUCCUCAUCUGGACUCGCAGUGAUCUCAGUCCUAACUCCGUCCACCUACGGAGAGAAAACGGUGACGAUCUUAAGAACCAGAACCAGCGUUUCAGAAACCGGACCUCCAUGAAUCCUGACGCUCUGGAUACUGGAAACUUCAGCCUGACUCUGAGGAAACCUCAGCAGUCUGAUGGAGGAAACUACACCUGCAGCAUCUCUGGUGGAAGGGAAGAACUGAACCUGAAACAGAUUCAUCUGAAGGUCAAAGUUGAUCAGCAGGAGGUCGAGGUCACUGAAGGGUCAGAUUCUGUCAUCCUGCCCUGCAGAACAUCAUCCCACCUUCCUGAGGACACAUCAGUGGAGUGGACCCGGUCAGAACCAGAAUUUAUGAUGGUUCACAGCAGCAACCAAAGAAACCAGGACGGUUUUUACCGCGACCGAACAGAGAUGGACAAAGACUUCCUGAGGACCGGAGACGUCAGCCUGACCCUGAGGAAUCCCAGAGACGGAGACGAUGGACGCUACGUCUGCACCGUCUACAGAGACCAGGACGUCCUGAGACACACUGUGGUUCUGAAAUAUGUAAAGAAAGAACCCUUUCCAUCCUGGGCCACAGCUCUGCUGGUUCUGCUGGUUCUGGUUCUCAUCGUCUCUGCAGGCGUUUUAUAUCAUUUUAAAGAUUAUUUCCUGCCAGCUCCACUGAAGGUGGAUCCAUGGGUGAAGUCUGUCCUGCUGCCCUGCAGAACCAGCGUCUACCUUCCUGGAGGCUCUAGAGUGGAGUGGAGGGACGGAGAGAACAGGACGGUUUGUGUGUAUCCGAACGGUUCUGAUGAUCCUGAAGAACAGAACCUGACCAGCAGCAACAGAACCAGGAUGGGUAAAAACCCACUGAAGACUAAAGACCUCAGUCUGACUCUGGAACGCCCCUCAGUGGCAGACAGCGGGAUCUACACCUGCAGAGUCAGGAAAGGAGUCACCCUGAUGAUGAAACGGGUUCAUCUCCAGGUCAAAGAUAUUGUUGGUCUGUAUCAGCCUGACCUUAAAGAGUUUCUGAAGAAGAAGUUCCAGAGUCUCUCUGAAGGCGUCGCUGAACCUGGAAAUCAAACCGUUCUGAACCAGAUCUACCCAGAGCUCCACAUCACAGAGGGGUUAACUAGAGAGGUCAACCAGGAACAUGAGGUCAGACACAUUGAAACAGCAUCCAGGAAACAAGAAACAAUCAGAAGAGAAAACAUCUUUAAAGUCCCACCUGGAAGAGAUGAACCAAUCAGAACAAUGAUGACCAUGGGAGUGGCUGGCAUUGGGAAAACACUGUUAACACAGAAGUUCACUCUGGACUGGGCUGAAGGCAAAACCAACCAGAACAUUGAUUUCAUAUUUCCAUUCACUUUCAAAGAGCUGAAUUUGCUGAAAGAAGAAAAGUUCAGCUUAUUAGAACUGAUUCAUAAAUUAUUUUCUAAAACCAAAGAAAUCAGCAGCUUUGAAACGUUUCAGGUUCUGUUCAUCUUUGAUGGUCUGGAUGAGAGUCGACUUGGUCUGGACUUCAACAACAAUCCGAUCCUGACUGAUGUUACAGAGUCCAGCUCAGUGGAUGUUCUGCUGACAAACCUCAUCAGGAGGAAACUACUUCCCUCUGCUCUCCUCUGGAUAACCACACGACCUGCAGCAGCCAAUCAGAUCCCAGCUGAGUGUGUUGGCAUGGUAACAGAGGUCAGAGGGUUCACUGACCCCCAGAAGGAGGAGUACUUCAGGAAAAGAUUCAGAGAUGAUGAAGAGAAGGCCAGCAGGAUCAUCUCCCACAUCCAGAAAUCAAAAACCCUCCACAUCAUGUGUCACAUCCCAGUUUUCUGCUGGAUCACUGCUAAAGUUCUGGAGAAUGUGAUGGAGACCAUAGAGGGAGGAGAGCUGCCCAAGACCCUGACUGAGAUGUACAUAGAGUUCCUGGAGGUUAACUUCACAAUCAAGGAGGAAAAGUAUUUUGGAAAAGCUGAAGAAGAUCCAGAGAACAUAAAGCUGAUUGAGUCUCUAGGAAAACUGGCUUUUGAGCAGCUGCUGGAGGGAAACCUGAUCUUCUAUGACAAAGAGCUCAAAAAGUGCGGCAUCAACAUCAAAGAUGCUGCGUUGUCCUCAGGAGUGUUCACUGAAAUGUUUAAAAGAGAGAGAGGGACGCGCAACAUCUCCAUCUAUUCCUUUGUUCAUCUGAGCAUCCAGGAGUUUCUGGCUGCAGUCUACAUGCUCCACUGUUUCACCAGCAGGAAGUCAGAGGUGAUCAAGACGUUUCUGGGAGAAGAUAACAGAGAAACAUCUCUAGAUGAGUUCAUGGAGAAAGUCAUGGAGAAAUCCCUCCGCAGUGAAAAUGGCCACCUGGACCUGUUUGUCCGCUUCCUUCAUGGUCUCACUGUGGAGUCCAACCAGAGCAUCUUAGAAGACCUGCUGGGUCAGACAGAGAACAGUCCAGAAACCAUCCAGAGAAUCAUCACCAACCUGAAGAAGAUGGACACUGAUAGAAUCUCUCCUGGCAGAAGCAUCAACAUCUUCUACUGUCUGGUGGAGAUGAACGACGUCUCAUUUUAUCAGGAGAUCCAACGGCUGCUGGAUUCAGGGAAGGAGCUCUCAGUGACUGACUGUUCAGCUCUGGCCUUCAUGCUGCAGGUGUCAGAGGUUCUGGAUGAGUUGGACCUGGAGAAGUACAACACAUCAGAAUCAGGACGACGGAGACUGGUUCCAGCUGUGAGGAACUGCAGAAAGGCUCGACUUGGUGGCUGUUUGAUCCAAAAGGCUGAAUGUGAAGUUUUGGCCUCGGCUCUGAAGUCCAACCCAGAUCUGACUGAACUGGAAAUAAAUCAGAUCUACAUAUUUAAAGGUGGUGGAGACGCUGAUCUGAAGCCUCUGGUUGAGAUCCUGGAGAGUUCAGUCAGUAAAGUGAAGAUUCUGGGGUUGAUGUGCAGUUUAUCAAAGACCAGCUGGACUUCUCUGUUCUCAGCUCUGAAGUCCAACCCAACCCAUCUGACAGGACUGGGCCUGAGCGUCACCAACCUGGGAGAUUCUGGAGUGAAGGAGCUCUGUGGUUUUCUACAGACUGAAGGCUGCAGACUGGAGACAUUGAAAUUGUUUGACUGCAGGUUGUCAAAGAUCAGCUGUGAUUAUUUGGCCUCAACUCUGAAGUCCAACCCGACCCGUCUGACAGAACUGGACCUGAGAAGAAACAACCUGAAGGAUUCAGAUGUUCAGCAGCUGAAGGAUCUUGUAAAGACUGUAAAGUUCUGAUCUCAGUAAAGUAGAAAAUGGUCUCUGUGUCCUGC